AUGUUACUCGAUAUCAGUAAAAUAUAUCUUGUUCUAUUACAUGACGAUACUGUUCGUCCAACACUUACCGGUGAGAAUGUCCCUUUGUUAUCGGACAAAUCUCCUGUUCAGGUGACACCAUCACUGCUUGGAUUGCCUGACGGGAAGGGCAAGUCGAUCAUACUGAACACAUUUGACGACAGUCACGUGAUCCCCAAUGAAAGCAUUAAUCUUUCAGCAGUAUGCGAUCACCUUGGCAAUGAGAGGAUGUUUUCGAGAACAAGAAAUUUUUCGCUACUAUUGGAGGAAUUUGCAAAUACCAUAACAGUAGUAUGA